UUGUGAUUGCUUGGCAUCACAUUGACAUUAAAUUUUUUUAUUUUUGUUAUAUUUCAUGUAGGUAAAUAGAUAUGAAUUUGUAUUGAACUAAUGUCCUACGCUAAAAUUCAUUCAUCGUUCGUUAGGAAUCAGAUAUGGGGCUUUAAUCCCUCAGAAUCGAUCCGGUUUUCGGGUCAUGUGCCGUACGGCUUUCAACGUUUCGGCGAGUCGUCGAAAAAGCUCACUAAUUCAGCUCUCUGCGACUUUUCGUCGAAUUACCGAAGAAGGCAGAGCACUGAGUGGGCUCCUGUAAAUGUGGUCAAGUAAGAUCAUUUUAUUUAUUAUAUAAUGAAAUUUGAAAUAACUGUAAUCAAAUAGUAGACAGUAAAUCUCAAUAUCUACUUAGCUUACCGAAAUCUAAAUGUACAAAAUAAGUAUAAGUAACAUGAUUAUUAAAUACAAGAUGAAAUUAAAGUGACAUUUUGUUUAGUCGCCUACUGCUACUUAUUCACUAAUAUCUAAGAAUAAUUUCUUAAAAAGUAUGGGCAGCGCUUCUGCGCUGUAUACUUCUGUAUUCUGCGUAAUUAGCAUUGACGUCUCAUAAAUGUCAAACUGACUUCCAUCCACUAGACGUCAACGUCCAUUGUAAAAACCCAUAUUUUAUAAAUACGGAAGACGUGUUUCCAAAACUUUUAUUUAUAAAAUAGUAACGUGGCUUUGCACAAAGAAAUAUAAAAAUGACGAAAAAGAAACUAUUACCGAAUCUUUCAAAAGAAGAGAAGAUGGUAAUAGUAGUAUCGGAAAUAAUUCAAGAGUUAUUGGUCGCUCAUCGUCAGGGCAAAGAUGUUAACCUCAACAAGAUGAAAACGCGGAUAUCUUCCAAAUACGGUCUCGGCACGUCUCCGCGACUAGUGGACAUCAUUGCUGCUGUACCAACAGACGCCAAAAAGAUUUUGCUACCGAAAUUAAAAGCUAAACCUAUUCGUACAGCGUCUGGUAUCGCCGUUGUUGCGGUUAUGUGUAAACCUCACAGAUGCCCACACAUAAACUUUACCGGGAACAUUUGUGUAUAUUGUCCCGGAGGUCCGGAUUCGGAUUUUGAAUAUUCAACUCAAAGUUAUACUGGAUACGAGCCCACAUCCAUGAGAGCGAUCCGAGCUCGUUACAAUCCUUACUUGCAGACUCGUCAUAGAGUGGAACAGUUGAAACAACUUGGUCAUAGUGUGGACAAGGUAGAGUUCAUUGUGAUGGGAGGAACGUUUAUGAGUUUGCCUGAAGACUAUAGAGAUUACUUUAUUAGGAAUCUUCACGAUGCUCUGUCAGGCCACACUUCAACUUGUGUAGCUGAAGCUGUGAAGUACUCUGAGAAAGCAAAAACGAAAUGCAUUGGGAUUACAAUUGAGACAAGGCCUGAUUAUUGUCAGCAAAGACAUAUGAGUGAUAUGCUUAAUUAUGGAUGCACAAGGCUUGAAAUUGGUGUACAAUCAGUUUAUGAAGAUAUAGCCCGGGACACAAAUAGGGGACAUACAGUGAAGGCGGUAUGCGAGAACUUUAGUAUGGCUAAAGAUGCUGGUUACAAGAUUGUCGCCCACAUGAUGCCAGAUCUACCAAACGUUGAUUUUGAAAGGGAUGUAGAACAAUUCAUUGAGUUCUUUGAGAACCCUGCAUUCCGAGCUGAUGGACUUAAAAUUUACCCAACACUGGUAAUAAGAGGUACCGGUUUAUAUGAAUUAUGGAAGACCGGGAGAUACAGGAGUUAUCCCCCUUCAACUUUAGUCGAUCUAAUUGCGAAGAUAUUAGCUCUAGUGCCACCAUGGACUAGGGUGUACAGAGUGCAAAGAGACAUUCCCAUGCCUUUGGUAUCGUCAGGAGUCGAGCAUGGUAAUCUUAGAGAGCUAGCUUUGGCACGAAUGGCAGACUUGGGUACUGAUUGCAGAGAUGUGAGGACGAGAGAGGUUGGGAUACAGGAGAUACACAACCGAGUCAGACCGUAUGAGGUUGAGCUUAUAAGACGAGACUACGUAGCCAACGGUGGUUGGGAGACGUUUUUAGCUUACGAAGACCCGAAUCAAGAUAUCUUAGUAGGCUUGUUGCGGCUGAGAAAGUGUGCCGGUCAAACUUACAGGCCGGAAUUAAAGGCCAAACCUAAUUCGAAUUUUGUACAGUGCAGUAUUGUAAGGGAGUUGCAUGUUUAUGGCUCUGUUGUACCAGUGAAUGCCCGAGAUCCAACCAAGUUUCAGCAUCAAGGCUUUGGCAUGUUGCUAAUGGAGGAAGCCGAGAGAAUCGCGCGGGAAGAGCAUGGUUCCGACAAAAUGGCCGUUAUUUCGGGAGUCGGAACGAGGAAUUAUUAUGCUAAAAUUGGUUACCAUCUCGAAGGGCCGUACAUGGUCAAGAUGCUUGCGUAAAAUUUAAUACAGACCUGUGUCAAACACGAUUCUGCCGAUAAGUGCACCUGUAAAUUGGACUCGUGACAAAACAUAUUGCAUGCAACAAUAAAGCUUUUUUUCUCUCACUCUACGCGUGCCUCCCUUUCUAAUUAAUACCUCUCUGAUGAAGUCUGAUGUGCAAAGGGUCGAUUUGCUUUGACUUAUCGCAGAGGAGGUGUGAAAGUAGCCCCGGUAAUUAACAAAUUAAAGAGCGGACGGUUAGCGUGGUAUGGACAUGUGAUGCGGAGAGAGAAGAUGCUUGUGACUAGGAGAUGUAUGGAAAUGGUAGUGCAAGGUAGAGGCGGAAGAGGUCGACCGAAGAAGACGAAUGAAGUGUGUGAAUGACGAUAUGAGAGAGAGAGGAGUUAGUGUUGAGAUGAGCUGAUAGAAGAGAAUGGAAGAGAAAAAUUUGUUGUGCCAAUCCCACCUAGUGAGAUAAGGUGGAGAAAGAGAUCGCCUCUUCAUGAUCUCAGUCGACUUGGGGCACAAUAUACGAUACAGUACGAACACAGGUCUAAUAUUUUGUUAUGGUGCUUGAUAUUUGUAACUAACUUCACUUUGUAAAAACAUACAAAGGCAAAUAAUUCAUUUUAUUGUAUAUGUAUAAGUAAAAAAAUAAAUGAUGAGCUUCAAAUUUA